CGUUACCGGGGUAACGGAGUCGUUGGAGAAGCGAGGAGCCCAGGGGCAAGAUGAUGCUCUCCCGGGCCAAGCCGGCCGUGGGGGGCGCCCCGCCGCAGGGUGACAAACGGAAGAAGAAAGGCAAGAAAGUCCCGCAGCUGGAGGAGCUGCUGGCCCAGAGGGACUUCACCGGCGCCAUCGCCCUGCUGGAGUUUAAACGGCAUGUGGGGGAACAAGAUGAGGACACCGACCUUUGGAUUGGAUACUGUGCCUUUCACCUGGGGGACUACAAGAGAGCAUUGGAGGAGUAUGAGGCUUUGACCAAGCAACCAGGUUGCAACCCUGAUGUCUGGGUGAACCUAGCAUGCACUUACUUCCUUUUGGGGAUGUAUACACAAGCUGAACAGGCAGGCUUGAAAGCACCUAAAAGUCGACUCCAGAAUCGUCUGCUCUUUCACCUAGCACAUAAGUUCAGCGAUGAAAAGAAAUUGAUGAGCUUCCACCAGAAUUUGCAGGACAUCACAGAAGAUCAGCUCAGUCUGGCAUCUAUCCACUAUAUGCGGUCCCACUACCAAGAGGCUAUUGAUAUCUACAAACGCAUACUGCUUGAUAACCGGGAAUACCUGGCUCUCAACGUAUAUGUGGCUUUAUGUUACUACAAACUGGAUUACUAUGAUGUGUCACAAGAGGUGCUGGCUGUUUACCUUCAGCAAGUUCCUGACAGCACCAUAGCUCUUAACCUCAAGGCUUGUAACCACUUCCGUCUUUACAAUGGCAAGGCUGCUGAGGCAGAACUCAAGAGCCUGAUGGACAAUGCCUCGUCAUCUUUUGAGUUUGCUAAGGAGCUCAUUAAGCACAAUCUGGUUGUAUUCCGAGGUGGGGAAGGGGCUCUGCAGGUUCUGCCACCCCUGGUUGAUGUUAUUCCUGAAGCCAGAUUGAACCUGGUGAUUUACUAUCUCCGGCAAGAUGAUGUGCAGGAGGCUUAUAACCUGAUUAAGGACCUGGAACCUACAACUCCACAGGAGUACAUACUCAAGGGAGUGGUGAAUGCAGCCCUUGGACAGGAAAUGGGCUCAAGGGAUCAUCUGAAAAUUGCUCAACAGUUCUUCCAGCUUGUGGGAGGAUCAGCCAGUGAAUGUGAUACAAUCCCAGGGAGACAGUGCAUGGCCUCCUGCUUCUUUCUGCUCAGACAAUUUGAUGAUGUCCUGAUUUACCUCAACUCAGUCAAGAGUUAUUUCUACAAUGAUGACACUUUUAACUUUAACUACGCCCAAGCCAAAGCUGCCACUGGCAAUACCAGCGAGGGUGAGGAGGUGUUCCUCUUGAUCCAGAGUGAGAAGAUAAAGAAUGAUUAUGUUUACCUUAGCUGGCUGGCUCGUUGCUAUAUCAUGAAUAAGAAGCCUCGACUGGCCUGGGAGCUCUACCUGAAGAUGGAAACCUCAGGAGAGUCCUUCAGUCUCUUGCAACUCAUUGCAAAUGACUGCUACAAGAUGGGCCAGUUUUACUAUUCAGCCAAAGCCUUUGAUGUUCUGGAGAGACUGGACCCUAACCCUGAAUACUGGGAAGGCAAGAGGGGUGCCUGUGUGGGCAUCUUCCAAAUGAUCUUAGCUGGCCGAGAACCUAAAGAGACACUGCGGGAAGUGCUACAUCUCCUAAGGAGCACUGGUAACCCUCAGGUAGAGUAUAUCAUCCGCAUCAUGAAGAAGUGGGCCAAAGAGAACAGAGUGCCUGUCUAA